AUGGCUCAAAGGAUACAAAGGCCACUUAAAGCUUUCUUUGUAACGAAUUUUAGACCAACACUUGAGGAAGCUCGAAAGGUUUAUUCAUUUUUUGCAGCAAAAGGAGAAUUAAUUGAAUUCAAAUUUGCCAGGGAUCCGGAAAUAAAAAAAAUUAAAAAUUUCGGUUGGAUAAGUUAUAAAGAUGAUAAAAUUACAGAGGAAUUAUUUGAGAAUUGGUUUAAAAUUGAACCAUACAACACGGAAGUAAUUGUACAACGAGCGGAUAAAGAAGUUAAAAAAAGUAAAACUCAACAACUGAGGGCCUCGAAGUAUCCUAUGUUUGGAGGGUUCUAUCUUAAAGAUGAUGCUCCAUCAUCAUCUCCGGUGCUUGAUCAAAUUAAUGAUAAACUCACAUCAAUAAGUGAAAUUAACGAUAAAUCACAAUUAUAUUCGUCAGAUACGGGUCAAGAAAGUGGAAACGUUAUUAUAAAAGAAAGCAAUGAAGCUAUAAAAGAUCAUCAGGAUUCUUCUUCAACUGCAACGGCGAAUUUUACAGAGACUGUUAUUGAAGAUUCAACAAAAACUAUAGAAACAAACGUCUAUCGUGUUGUUAAUAGUGAAAGUAAUGCUGCUAAUGCUGCUCAGAAUCCCAGUGAAAAUUUGUAA